AUGCUUAAAAGUUUCUUUGAUAAUGUUUUUAGCAUUUAUUUGGUAUUUCAACAACAUGGAUCGAUUGGUCAAUUCGACUUUAUCACUCUUCUUACAAAUAUUGUUGCUAGUUUUGCGCUCUUUAAAGUUGCAGAGAUUCUUACAGAAAUAACCAUGAUAGCAUUCUUUGAAGAUAGUAAAGGUUACAAAUACCACGUUUUUGAUCCAAAAAAUGUUUAA